AUGCCGAAUGAUGGGGGCCCACUGCAGCGACCGGAGCGGCCUCUCUCGAUCGCGCUGUGGAACUUUUCCUCCAACUGGUUCCUGAUUCCCCAAGGAACUGGAAUCAUUUGUAUCCUUCUCCACCGACUGGACUAUCAAUUCAACGGUCUGAGGACCAUCGCCAAAAUCGCCUGGAUAUACACCAUCGUCCUCUUUGCCCUUUGUCUGAUCCUCUACACGCUACGCAUAUUAGUAUACCCGGCACACGUCCGCAACCAGCUGCGGGUAAACAUCAUCGAGAUAUCAUGCCUAGCGUGCAUCCCUAUCGCUUAUGAUUCCAUCAUUCAGCUCGCGGUGCUCCAGUAUGGCAGCCGCGCGAGCCUCGCGUUCUUUGUCCUCUGGUGGAUCCAGUCCUUCCUCGCGAUCGUUGCUUGUCUGGGCAUUCCAUACGUCCAGCUGAAGCUGCAACCCCCAGGGAUAUCGCACCUCCCUCCAACCAUUCUGCUCCCGUUCAUCGCAGCCUUGACAACGGCCGCUAGUGGAGGUGUGCUCUGUGGCUAUGACCACAUCAGCCCACGUCUUCAGGUGCCCGUCAUCAUCAUAUCGUACCUCCAGAUUGGUGCGGGUCUUUCACUGGCUGCCGGGUUCGAUACACUCAUCCUGUUGCAGCAUUUUGACCGUUUCACCCCGACCGCAGACAACGUGUACCAGGAUAUGAUCGUCUGCGGGCCAUUUGGCCAAGGUGCCUUCGCGCUACAAAUACUGGGCCAAGCGGUCAUACAAGGCAGUUUCGCCGCAUACGAUCGGGGAACCUUCUUAACAGCGGCUGCAGCCGCCCCGAUCGGCUAUACGAGCCAGUUUUUGGGGCUGCUCACUUGGGGCUAUGGGAUCUUUUGGUGGUGCUUCGCCAUCAUCAGCAUAUGUCAUACCCUGAGCGCCCAGCCGGGCGGGUGGCGCAAAACACGAUUCACCAUGGCUGCGUGGUCGCUGAUCUUCCCUUGGGGCGUCUUCACCAAUGCAGCGGUGGAAUUUGGAAAGAUCAUGGGGUCGCCGGCUUUCGCCGUUAUGUCAACUGCGCUGUUGCUGAUUCUACUAGUGAUGUGGUUCACUGUUCAGGUCCUCACGGUUAAGGGUGUAUUUACCGGUCGAAUUCUGGGUCUGGAACAUGGAUGGAAACGUCGCAGCCUUGACCAUGGAGACUGCGGGGGCACGAAGGAUGCGUGA